AUGAGCUCUCAAAAGCACACCUACAAGCUCUACUAUUUCGAUUCGCGCGGACGAGCCGAGCCGAUUCGCCUGAUGUUCCACUAUUUGGGUGUCGAUUUCGAGGAUGUUCGAAUGUCGAUGGAGGAAUUCGCGGAGAGCAAAGACAAAGCGCCGAUGCGACAAUUGCCAUAUUUGGAGAUGGACGGCGGCAAGACGGUGCUGUGCCAAACGCUCACGAUUUGCCGCUAUUUGGCCAAAUCGAUCAAUCCCGACAGAUGGUUCGGCGGCGCCACCAAAACCGAUUCGGCGAAGGUCGACAUGUUCGCCGACGCGUUCGCCGACAUUUUCAAUUUCGCCAUGUCGGCCGUCUACGCGCCGACUCACGUCAAAGACGAGAUGUUGGCCAAUUUCAGCGCGACGAUUCGCGAUCGCCUCAAAACGCAGGAGAAUCUGCUGCGGCGAAGCCGCGGCGAGUUUUUCGUCGGCAAAACGCCGCACUGGUGCGACAUCUACAUUUUGGGUGUUCUCGAGGCGCUGGAUCAGCUCGAGGAUGGCCUACUCGAUGAGCUUCACAUCCUUCGCGAAUAUUAUUUGCGAAUGCGAAAUUUGCCGGAGCUCAAAGAGUACAUUGAUCAGAAUUGGCCGCCAACUAAAUAUCAAUCGUAG